AUGAGCUCUGCUAGACCCACAACAGGUCGGCCAACAACCGGUCGCCCCACCACCGGCAGGCCCACCACAGGUCGUCGUCCAGGCACACGUGGUGGCACCGCCAACCCAAGGCCCCCUACACAAGGUCAAGGCGCCUAUGAGGGCGAGACUUAUAUAGAGGAAGAGGAAUGGGACGAAGAAGACGAAGAGGAGUACGAAUCCGAAGACGAUGGAGAUGUGUUUGCCUUCGUUCUUCCCGACCUUGGUCCCGCGCCCGAGCUGCAGCACAACCCUCUCGACCCUUCCAUAGACAAUCAGAAUCGUCAGCAGGCUUCCCAGCAAGACCCUCCCACACAACAGCAUCUCGCCUCUGCGGGUCCAGCUGCGGAUCCCAACGAGACCUACUACUAUGAUGAAGCCACGGGCGCCGUCUAUGACUCGCAAGGACGUCUCGUCGACGUUUCCGGUCAGAGCCUCGCCUUGCCAGCAUCAGGAGUACCCUCCCAACACCAGGGCUUGGCAGCCGAGUCCGACUUGAAUGGCGUCGAGUUUCAACGCCCCACCGGCCCACCCGUCGUCGACCUCACUCAAGCCCUCAAUCCCAUGGGCUCGCCCGACAACCGCUCGUACGACUCCAGCAGCACCUUCGUUCGUGGUAUCAAUGGUCAGCCGCUCGACCAUGCUCGCUCCGUCGCCGUCUUCUCUUCCAUGGAUGCGUUGCCUGAAGCCGACUCGCAACCCGUCAGUCGCAGCGGCAACUCGGAGAUGCGCACCUCUCUCCCCCACGGCACCCGCGACAUUGGCACCACCGCUAGCGGCGGCAUCUCGCUCGACCAGCGCAUCCCCGCCCAAGGCAUCCGACAAAGUGCGCAGAUCGACACCUACUCCUCAUCCGUACCUGAACUGCGUCGCACGCCCGAAAGCCCCGGCAGCACCGACGAGAACAAGUUCCCUCUCGAUUCCGCCGAGUUCGCCUUCGACGAUGCCUACAAGGACGAAUUCCACAUGUCCGACUACGGCCAGAGCCAAGGUCUGUCCCAUCCUACAUCGGAAGAUGCCGAAGUCGGUGCGAGGGGCGUUCGCAUGGUCGAGCUCGAGAUGGAGAUGGAGGAAGACUCGCCCUAUCCAGAAGUGCGUGCCUCCGUGUCCAACAUCGACGACACCGAGAUGCCGGUCAACACGAUCCGAAUGUGGUUCACCUCAUUCCUCCUCACCAUCCUCGCUUCGGGUGCCAACAUGUUCUUCUCGCUCCGCUACCCGGCUCCUACCUUCAACACCACCGUCGUCUUGCUAGUAGCCUACCCCAUGGGCAAGUUCUUCGCCGCUGUGCUGCCGUACCGCAUCUGGACGUUGCCGCGCUGGCUCGGCGGCGUCUCGUUCUCGCUCAACCCAGGCAUCUACAACAUCAAGGAACACACGCUCACCACCAUCAUGGCCAACAUCUCCAUCAUCACCGCCUACUCGAUGAGCGUCAUCAUCGCCGACGAGUCGGUGCAGUACUACAACCAGCCACGUGCCUUUGGCUUUGACGUCCUGCUCAUGCUCAGCACGCAGACCAUCGGUUUUGGUCUCGCGGGCAUGUGUCGUCGCUUCCUCGUCUGGCCCGCUAGCAUGAUCUGGCCGCAGAACCUCGUCGCCGCUACGAUCCUCAACACGCUGCACGCCGAGGAGGAGUCGGACGGCACCAUGACGCGCUUCCGCUUCUUCACUGUCUGCUCCAUCGGCGCGUUCGUGCUCUACUGGAUCCCUGGCUAUCUGUUCCUGUCGCUGUCGGUGUUCAACUGGGUCUGUUGGAUCUUCCCUUCCAACCAACCGGUCAAUUUGGUCUUUGGCACGAUCUCGGGUUUGGGCAUGUCGGUGCUCACCCCCGAUUGGACGCAGAUCAGCUACAUCGGCUCGCCGCUCAUCACGCCCUGGUGGGCCGAGUGCAACGUCUUCGCUGGCUUCGUCAUGUUCAUCUGGGUCGCUGCGCCGAUCAUGUGGUUCAAGAACGCGUGGUAUCAGGCGUACCUCCCCUUCAACACGGGUCAGUCCUUCGACAGGUACGGUCAGCCGUACGAGAUUAGCCGUGUCAUUCCUAACGGUUCGGAUCUGGAUCAGCAGGCGUACGAGGAGUAUUCUCCCCUCUACCUCUCGACGACCCUCGCGCUGGUCUACACGACCGGAUUUGCGAUGCUGACCAGCGUUCUGACGCACACGGUGCUGUACCACGGCAAGGCGUUGAAGAAGGGCAUCCUGCGCGUUCGCACCGAGGAGGACGACGUGCACGCCAAGUUCAUGCGUCACUAUCCCGAGACGCCCGACUGGUGGUAUGCCGUCAUGUUUGUCAUUGCGCUCGUCUUUGGUAUCGUCAUGGCGCGCGUCUACCAUACGGACCUGCCGAUCUGGGGGGUGUUCCUCUCGAUCCUCAUUCCGACCAUCUACAUCCUCCCCGCCGGGUUUGUGUAUGCCAUGACGGGCCAGGCGAUCGGCACCAACCUGAUUGGCGAACUGCUCGUCGGCUACAUGCUACCCGGGAAACCGCUGCCGAACAUGAUCUUCAAGGCGUACGCCAUGCAGGGGUUGUUCGGCGGUCUCGGGUUCGUACAGGACCUCAAGCUGGGACAUUACAUGAAGAUCCCGCCUCGGUUGACGUUCAUGGCGCAGCUGAGCGGGGUGAUCGUGGCAUGCUUUGUUCAGCUCGGCGUCAAGCAGUGGAUGUUUGCCAACAUCACCGAUCUGUGCAGUCCGGAUCAGGCGAACAGUUUUACCUGUCCGUCGAUCCGGGUGUUCUACACGGCCUCGUUGAUUUGGGGUGCCAUUGGACCGGCACGCAUGUUCGGGUCGACGAGCAUGUAUCGUGCCAUGUACUGGGCGAUGUUGUUCGGAGCGCUGAUACCGAUCCCGUUCUACCUGCUUGCACGACGUUACCCGCGUUCGUGGAUCCGUUACGUCUCCUGGCCAGUCAUCUUCGCCGGUGUCUCGUUCAUCCCCCCCGCCAGUGGUCUCAACUACACCUCCUGGUUCGCUGCCGGGUUUGUGUUUCAGUACCUCGUACGCAAGUACAACUUCCGUUGGUGGUCCAAGUACAAUUUCGUCCUUGCGGCAGCGAUGGAUAGCGGCACGAUUGUGUCUAGCAUUUUGAUCUUCUUCGCGCUGAUCUUGCCGAAGAAUGGGGCGGUGACGCUGAAUUGGUGGGGAAACGAGGUCGCGGGGAAUAAUCUGGAUGCUGCGGGUCUGGCGCUGAUGCAACCUCCCGAGGGCGGGUUUGGUGGUCCGGCUAGGUUUUGA